CAGGCCCGAGCGAGGACUGUCUCUACCGCCCAGGUGUGUCUGUUGUGAUUCUUACCAUGGUGCUCCUGGUUAUCGGCUUGGGAGCGGCCACUGUAGGUCUGGCUGUAAAGCUGCAGCAGGGAAAACGACAGAGUCAAAAUGAAGGCACCUGGUGGCAAAUCAGCUAUGAGGACAUCACUAUCCUGCCCCAGAACAAGCCGUCGCAGAGGGGCACACUCAUGUCCAGAGGGGACCGCAGCGAUGUGUCCAGCGGGAUGGGUUCCUCAGACCUCUACUCCUCUGUCAGGAGCCAGCGGGGGGAAGAGCUCCUGUUUGCCCCAGUGGGGCUUUACCAGGGAAACCAUGUAGCCAUCCACUAUGUUGGUGACCAAGCAGACGCCUGGGUUAGGAAGCCCGCUGUGCUGCAGGAAGUCCAGCUGAUGUGUGAAUUAAGGCAUGAAAACAUUGUUUCCUUCUUUGGUAUUUGCAUAGAGCCACCUAACGUCUGCCUUGUCACCCAGUAUUGCAAAAAAGGAAGCCUCAAGGAUGUUUUGAGACACUCAGAUCAUGAAAUGGAUUGGAUAUUCAAAAUCUCACUUGCAUAUGACAUCGUCAAUGGCAUGCUGUUCCUCCACAGGAGCCCACUGGGGUCCCAUGGCAACCUGAAACCUUCCAACUGCCUGGUGGAUGCUCGCAUGCAGGUGAAACUGUCCGGCUUUGGGCUGUGGGAGCUCAAGUAUGGCCAGACACACAGAACAUACAACGAGAAGCUCACGGACCACACAGAGCUCUACUGGACGGCGCCUGAGCUCUUGCGGCUUCCCCAAGUGCCCUGGCGGGGCACCCAGAAGGGAGAUGUCUAUAGCUUCGCUGUUCUCAUGCGGGACCUGAUCCACCACCAGGACCGCGGGCCCUUUGAGGACCGGGACGAGGCCCCGGAUGAAAUCAUCAAGCAAAUCAGAGAGCCCUCAGCGCCGGAGCCCUUGCGACCUUCACUGUCUGAGGAAAAGGGCAACACAGAGAUCCUGCUCAUGGUGAGGGCCUGCUGGGAUGAAUCUCCAGACAGAAGGCCCACUUUCCCUUCCAUCAAGAAAAUUUUACGAGAAACCAGUCCCAAAGGCCAGGUGAACAUCUUGGAUAGUAUGAUGAGGAAGCUGGAAGUGUAUGCCAGCCACCUGGAGGAGGUGGUAGAAGAGAGGACCAGCCAGCUGACAGCAGAGAAGAGCAAGGUGGAGAAGCUUCUGUCCACCAUGCUGCCCAGUUUCAUUGGAGAACAGCUCAUCGCCGGGAAGUCAGUGGAACCGGAGCAUUUUGAGUCCGUGACGGUCUUUUUCUCUGACAUCGUGGGGUUCACAAAGCUGUGCUCCCUCAGCUCCCCCUUGCAAGUGGUGAGGUUCCUCAAUGACCUGUACAGCUUAUUCGACCACAUUGUUCAGUCCUACGACGUGUACAAGGUUGAAACCAUUGGAGAUGCUUACAUGGUGGCUAGUGGACUUCCCAUCCGCAAUGGGACCCAACAUGUUGACCAGAUUGCCACCAUGUCCCUGAGCUUCCUCAGUGCCACCCUCCACUUCCAGAUUGGACACAUGCCUGAGGAAAAGCUCAGGCUCCGGAUUGGCCUCCACACAGGUCCCGUGGUGGCCGGUGUGGUGGGAAUCACCAUGCCCAGGUACUGUCUGUUCGGCGACACUGUGAACAUGGCGUCCAGAAUGGAAAGCAGCAGUUUGCCUCUUCGGAUCCACGUCUCUCAGAGUACUGCAGGCGCCCUGCUGGCCAUGGGUGGGUACCAUCUGCAAAAGAGAGGCACCAUUCCAGUCAAGGGCAAAGGAGAACAGACAACCUUCUGGCUGAAAGGCAAAGAAGGCUUCCCAGUUCCACUCCCUGAGUUUGCUGAGGAAGAAGCUGAAGUCCCUGAGAUCUUGUGAGAUCUGAGCCGAUUUCAGAUGUCUCCAGGACAAAGGGGGCUUCUUUCUUGGUGGAGAACUUGGCAUUCUUUGGAAAGAAAUUGACAAUGGGCGCUAUGACCUCUCAGAUCAAGCAGUUGGGUUCAGCAGGAACGGAUGCAUUGGGACAGGAAUGAAACCAAAAGAGCAAGUGUGUGAGACCAUGCAGAGUGACUUCCAGCACCAGAGAAGUUGUACCUGCUAGGAUAUCAGUGUCAUCCUGGAAGGCGCAAAGACAUCCCAUGUUCUAGGUUUGCUGGUCAUGGCAAAUCACGUAUAUACAUGUGUAUCCAUCUCAUUCAUGCUAACAAAUUGGACUGAUGGAAAGAUAGUCUGAUCCAGGGAUGUUGAGGUACUAUGUUUGACGAACCCAAGGACAAGAGGGACUGAACACAUACAACCCCUCUCUUCCCUCAUUUGCCUGUAAUUCUUGCCUGAGCAGAUUUCACACUGGCUUGGAGAGUUUAUAAUCGGAUUCCCAGUACGAUUAAU